ACGUCCCUUCUUGCUCCCUCUCUGUAGCUUGACUCGCGCCUCCGUACCCCGCUCCAUGCCAACUAUCUCAGAUACCAAUUGGGUGUCUUCUAGUGUCAAAUCAGAGCAGACUAUCAGCCAUAACCCUUCUGCUCGUAUGUCCGACGCCGAGGUUCGCAAGAAGAAAAACGCUAGUGCGCAAGCUGCUUUCCGUCAAAGGCGGCAGAAUUAUAUCAAUUCACUCGAGGAAACAGUGACCGGCCUUGAGAAAGUUGUCUUACAAAUUCAGGAAUCCUAUCGUGAUGCUCGCGCCGAGGUGGUUAAGCUCCGUCAGGAAAACUCCCUCCUCAGACAAUCAAAUCAGGAUCGAGACGCUCUGUUGAAGAAACUUUGGCAGGAGAGGAAACUUGCCUCUCUUGACGAACUGUCCUCGCAGCCAUCUUUGUCUGGCAUCCGAUCUAAUGGCCUUGGCGACCACGUCUCUUCUGUGCAGCCAAACCAGCUGCUUGGAAUUAAACGUCCUCACUAUGAGAUAGAAGAUGACGCAGCAAGCGUCGUUAUUCCCUUUGGAUCAGCCACUGGUCAUGCACAAUCUUUCACCAGCCACUCAUCUUCUGCCUCAUACAGCGGGAGCGUGGAUAACCACCACGCGAUGAUGAAUGGUAACUUGACCGGUACCUCUGGACAAUACGCCUGUCCUAUCCAAAACGCAGGAAGAGAUGCUGUUUGGCACCAGAAUAUGUCCACAGUCUCCGCGAACGGCUCCCCGGUCAUAACAUCGUCUGAUGCGUAUGGCCAGUACAACUUCUCAGAACAGAAGUUGCCCUCGGAAGCGAUUCCACAUAUCAUUCAAGCGAAUCGUUCUCUAUCACCAAACUCUACCCCACCAUCCUCGUCUAGCGCAUCUCUAACUUCUCCGCUGCACUUUGCCUAUGCGCCGGACGAUCUGGUUCGGCAACAUGGCGGACAUCCCGCGGACCUAACACUUCGCGGCGCUGUCGACUUGCCCAUGAACGAGAUGGGGAACAGCACUCUCCGCUAUCGGAUGGGGAUCGCCGGCCCUACUUCUGGCGCUGAUGCCAAACCAGAUAUCUCAUACAGCCACCGCUCCUCUCAUAGUGAUCGCGAUUCGCCCCUAGAACUUGCAAGUAAUGAAGGCGAACCAUCUUCCUCUCGUACGCAGUAUCAACAGGACAUAGGUGAAUCACGUUCUCCUUCCCCCGCUGAACCUCCCAUAUCUGGGACUCUUGCCGUCAUUAAGGCGCAGGCUUUUGGUGCUCUGCGUAGAACACGAUCAAAGACAAAAAAAUCAGCCGAUGGCGGAGCGAAGACUGCUCUCGACCUUCUAGCGGCCAAAGGCAUUGGAAUGGGGGUCCCCACAAGCUCUAAGCGCCCUCGAUUGUUUGGCGACGACCUGGCCUAAAAGGUAAAAACUCUGCUGUUACAUUCUUAUCUUAAUCGCAUUCAUACGUUAAUCAAACUAUGUCACAUAAUAUUGCCAGUCAUGUCAUGUUUACCUUCUUGUACACUUGUUACCACCGG